UGUUGCUCGUGAUAUAUUAAGGCGAUGGCUUCUGCUGCAACAAAGGUAGGAAUUGUCACGUCUUGACACGCAUUCGCCUUCGCUCACUAUAUAUACAUCCUCUGCGCAAACGGCGCAAACCUGCUCAUUCGUUCUCAGUUGCGGCUCGCGCUGCUCCACUCUUUGACUUCACCAUGCGUUUCACACUCGCAGUCGCCGCUGCACCUCUCCUAUCAGCCGUUGCCGCCUUCACACCAGCCAGUACCUCCGGCACAGACAAGCUUGAGGCUAAGGGUCUGAUUAACCUUGCUUUCUAUGAGGCGAAGAACCUUCCACCAUCCAGCUGCAAUAUCAACACUGGCUACAUCAGGCAGGAAUGGAGUACUUUCUCAAGCCAGCAGAAGACCAACUACAUCAAUGCCGUCCUUUGUCUGCAGUCGAAACCAUCGAAAAGCGGAUCCUUGGCACCUGGUGCAAAAAGCCGAUAUGAUGACUUCGUCGCCACGCAUAUCAAUCAGACCCUGAGCAUUCACGGCACUGGGAACUUCCUCUCGUGGCAUCGAUACUUCCUCUGGACAUACGAACAAGCCUUGCGCAACGAGUGUGGCUAUACCGGCUACCAGCCGUACCUCAACUGGCCCAAGUAUGCUCUGGACAUCCUGAACGCCCCAGUCUUUGACGGCAGCUCAACCUCCAUCAGUGGCAAUGGUGCCUACAAGGAUGAGCCUGGCGUCGGGGUCCCGUCGAACAGCCAGCCAUUCAUCACCAUUCCGCACGGUUCCGGUGGUGGCUGCGUAACCAGCGGUCCGUUCAAGAACAUGUCUGUCAACCUCGGUCCCGUUGCGCCUGCGUUCAGCGACGCUACGCCCAACCCUGCACCCAACGGUCUUGGCUAUAACCCGAGGUGUCUGCGUCGUGACAUCUCGUCUUACGCCGCAACCACCAAUCUUCAGGAUGUGAACGUCACAGACCUUAUCACGCAGAACGACAACAUUCUUGACUUUCAAAACAAUAUGCAAGGCCAAUUCGCCAACGGCAUCCUCGGUGUGCACACCGCCGGGCAUUUCGUCGUUGGCGGAGACCCAGGUGGAGACCUCUUCACUUCUCCGGGUAAGCAGACAUCUCAGCAUCACUAUUGAAGCCAUUAGCUGACCAUUUUAAGGCGACCCUUACUUUUGGCUGCACCAUGCUCAGAUCGACCGCGUGUGGUGGAUCUGGCAGAAUCAAGAUCCGGUGGACAGACAGAACGCUAUUGGUGGUACUCUUACCCUGUACAACAGCCCGCCCAGCCGUAACACCAGCCUCAGCGACAUCAUUGAUCUUGGUGUUAACGCCCCAGGCAUUACGAUUGGCAGCGCCAUGUCGACGCUCGGUGGACAGUUCUGUUACGUUUAUUUGUAAUUUAAAGAGAACAAGAUAGAGUGUACAUAGAAGCGGUCUGGUAUGCGUGGCGGUCGACGCAUCGAGGUCUGAUCCUCUGCUAGUCGAUGACUGCGCAAGCUCGCAGGAUUGUAUGUGCAAAGUACAACGC